AUGCCGUCAGCAAUGCCUAGCAACGGUUCACUCGCUGACCCGACAGCAUUCAAAGUCGCCGUUAUCGGCGGUGGCAUUGGAGGUUUGACAACGGCUCUGAGCAUCGCGUAUCAAAACCCAGCUCUGCAAAACAUCACUGUGUAUGAGCAGGCUCCGGCGUACAAGGAGAUCGGCGCGGGCAUCGGUAUCGGCGUCAACGCCGCCCGGAUCCUGAAGAAACUGGGUGUUUGGCAAGCAGCAAAUGCCAUCUCCGGGGAGCGCAAUGGCGUGCACCGAAGCUGUCGACGGUACGACACCGGGGAGGAAAUUGUGGCGGUUGGUGCCAUGGAUGAGGAUGUCGACGGCGGCGUCAGACAAUUGAGCGUACAUCGUGCAGAGAUUCUCGAUGUCUUGUACCAGGAAUUGAGGCGCAAUUACGACGGUCGCGUCACGCUGAAGACGGACAUGAAGGCAACUAAAGUCGAGGAGAAUGGCGACCAAGUGACAAUUCACUUUGCGAAUGAGACAAAUCCGACCGAAACGGCGAACCUGGUGAUCGCCUGUGACGGCAUUCACAGCACGAUUCGAUCUCAGUUCGCUCUCGACAAACCGCGAUACAGCGGCCGCAUCGCCUACCGAGGCCUGCUCCCGCUCAGCGCCAUCAGCGACAAGUGGCCUUACCCCAGCUACGCGGUGAGUUGGUUGGCGCCGGACAAGCACUUCCUGGUCUUCCCAAUCUCGCAGAAUAAGACGCUCAAUGUCGUGGGCUUUGUGACCAAGCCGGAGAGCGAGCUGGGCGACUUGAAGGAGAGCUGGACCAGCAGUGCGCCCCGCGAGGAGCUCGAGCGCGAGUAUGCAGGCUGGGAACCAACGGUCGGGGCGGUAAUUCGCGAGAUGGAGGCCCGCCCUGGAAAGUGGCGGCUCAAUGACCGCGAGCUGCUCGAGCAGUGGACAUAUCUCAACGGCAAGGUCGUGCUGGCAGGGGACGCGGCUCACGCGAUGCUGCCACAUCAAGGCUCUGGCGCCGGCCACGCCAUCGAAGACGCCUAUAUUCUAGGCCUCGUUGUCAGGGACUAUUUCGCCAACCCCGUACCAGGCGUAGCCGCAUAUACCGCCCUCUAUCAAGCCGUCCGGCGGCCCCGCGCUCAGAAGGCCCAGAUCACCAGCCGCCAGGCGGGUGAUGUGUACGAGAUGCAAGGCAAAGAAUUCGAAGGUAUCUCGUCGUACGAAGAUUGUCUCCCAAUCGUGCGCGAGAAGCUCUCUGGUCGCAUGAAGUGGGUUUGGGGCCACGAUCUCGAGGCCGACUAUCAGAAGGCCCGUGAAGAGGCUGGUUUGGCCGCGCAGAUUCAGUCGAAAGCACCGCCCAAGACGAAUGGAACUGUCAACGGAGCCGUCAAUGGGACAACGAGCGGCAAGGUUGGCGCGACUCAACCUGGAAUCAAUGUCCAGGAAGUCGAGGCGUGA